GUUUAGGUUUGUUAGAAUUACAAAAAAUUAUAUGCAAACGUACAUAAGAUAACUUGCAUGUAAAUAGCUAGUAAGCGUUUAGCUCUUCUGUAACUAGGCUAUAGCGAAAAGAGGUUGAAAGAAGUUGCUAAAGCCAGCUAGUUAGCUAGCUAGCAAGCUUACUCAAACCUAAACAAAGUUUUUCACGUGUUGUCGGGGUUGUAAACUAUUAGAUGUGUGUGUUUUAACGCGUGGAUAUGGACAAGAUAGCCAAAGGUGAGUUCAUUAUCAUGUUGCAGUUACCAUAAAUUGCAGAUAGCUAGCAAAUCUGCACAACUCGAGAGAGUCAUGCGUUGCAGAAUUUACGCAUACAACUGCCAUCCUCUUUAGCCUGGGUGCCAGUCUGUUUAGCUAGCAAGGAGUGGAAUGAUAGCUAAACGGACUGGUACCCAGACUAGCAGCCUCUAACCUGGUCCCAGAUAUGUUAGGCAUCAUCUAACCUGGUCCCAGAUAUGUUAGGUAGACUCUAACCUGGUCCCAGAUAUGUUAGGUAGACUCUAACCUGGUCCCAGAUCUGUUAGGCAUCAUCUAACUAGGUCCCAGAUCUGUUAUGCAGCCUUUAACCUGGCCCCAGAUCUGUUAGUCAAACUCUAACCUGAUCCCAGAUCUGUUAGGCAGCCUCUAACCUGGCCCCAGAUCUGUUAGUCAGACUCUAACCUGGCCCCAGAUCUGUUAGUCAGACUCUAACCUGGCCCCAGAUCUGUUAGUCAGACUCUAACCUGGCCCCAGAUCUGUUAGGCAGCCUCUAACCUGGCCCCAGAUCUGUUAGUCAGACUCUAACCUGAUCCCAGAUCUGUUAGUCAGCCUCUAACCUGAUCCAAGAUCUGUUAGUCAGACUCUAACCUGAUCCCAGAUCUGUUAGGCAGACUCACUGUGUCCUUGUGUGUUUUCUUUUUUCUGAAUUCAGGAGCUAAAUUGAAAUGUAAUUCUUCAAUUCAGACUAUUUUACUGUCAAUGAUUCAUAUGUGGAACAUUUUGUAUUAUUUCCUCUAAGAUGGGGACACAAUUCCUUGAGUUGAAAUGUAAUUGACCCCAGUGUUGACUGCUAGCCUUAGUCCUCCUACAAUAGAAAAUAAAGUUGUUACUUUUCAAUAUAUCUGACAGAGAGGAGGCUGGUUGGAGGAGCUAAAGGAGUAUGGGCUCAUUGUAAUGGCUGGAAUGGAAUUAAUGGAACGGAGUCAAACAUGUGGUGUCCAUAUGUUUGAUACCGUUCCAUUAAUUCCAUACCAGCCAUUACAAUGAGCCCAUACUCCUAUAGCUCCUCUCACCAGCCUCCACUGAUUUGACAUGAUCAAUUACUCAACAUGACAUGUUGAUGGUUUGUGUCUCCCAUUAGAUGUUGGGGAUAUUCAGUCCAGGCUAAUAGACCAUAGACCUGUCGUACAAGGGGAGAUCUGCUAUUUUGUGAGAGAAUUUGACGUAAGUAUUCAGCUUGCACCAUUAAUAUGUGAUUUGACCAAUUUAUUAAUUGUCAUUUGAUCAUUGUUAACAUACAAGUUUUUGUGAUUUUGAAGGAAAAACGUGGAUUCAGAGAGAGCCGUUUGCUGGACAACCUGAACAAAAUGGUGGUGGAGACCAACGAGCAGUCGUUGCCCAAAUGUUCAGAGCACAUGCAUAAGCACCUCUGUGAGGCCCUCACACGAUGUAAGCCCCUUCCUGACCUAGCCAGGGUAUUUUUCAAUUGCUAACCAUUGCAGUUGUUAUAUGGAGUGAUUGAAUGCUAUCGUAGUGUUCUCCAAAUUACAUUACUGCAUUGUAUUAUUUCAAUGUGCCUUACUGAUAAGGCUGGAAAGUACUUGAAUGUAACAUUGUUCAUUGUGUUUUCUACAGUGGAGGCUGCGAAUCACAUGUCACAGAGUAUCCAGCAGAGGGAGCUAGAGGCAGAGCAAGUAAAGACACAGGCUCUCAUCAAAGCCCAUGAAUUACAAAUAGUGAUUUAACCAUUCACAGGCGUGGAUUGUGAUAACAGACCAAGGCCCGGUUUCCCGAUAGCGAUGGAAUUUAGGCUUAACGAGUGUAUUAACAAUGCAUCGUACAACGACCGAAGAACUCACAUGCGUUUUCCCAAACCACUAAAGUAGGGAGGACUUUCACUAAGUGCGUCGUUGGAGCAGGUGUCGUCGAUACUGAUAGGAUCAAAAGAAAGGCUGCACUGCUCUCAGAUCAGCUUUUACCAUUCAAAUCUUACCUUAACAUUAUAAGUAUUCCAUAACACUGACGACAGAUCAGCUGGUGCUCCUAGAGAGAUAUUAUCACCUAUAGGCUAUGGAUGCAAAUAUUAAGGCGGCUUAUCCUAAUGCUUAAGCCCGGCCUACCCAAUGAUAAUGCACAAAAUCACAUUUUGCUCACAUGUUACACAUCAUGAAAUAUAUUUAGGCAAAAAAUUACAAACAAACAGUAGCCUACAAUUAGCCAAAUAGAACUCAAUUGAUUGAACAAGAAAUAGAUGUCAAUAUGAUUGAAAUGUGUAGGCUUAUGUAGUCUAUACUGUAUUUACCUUUUAAUACAGUCAUCUGGGUUCUCAUUUGAAGCAUCUUUUACCUUUAAAUACAGUCUUUUUAUCCUUCGCUUGUCUGUAACAUACAAAGACAUUGGUAACUUUGUAGUCAACUUCGUUCUGAAGUUAUAGGCGUUCACAGAGAGACAGAUAAACAUCUUGAGUCAAUGUUUAGCGGAGAUCUUCUGUGUAUAAAUUCAUGAGGAAGGGCAAAAAAGCACAUAACAAUGCACUUAGCUGUUCUAAGAGUGGUCUGAGGCAGUCGGUAAAUACAUUUACGUCAUUUAGCAGACGCUCUUAUCCAGAGCGACUUACAGUUAGUGAGUGCAUACAUUAUUUUUUUAUUUUUUUUAAAUCAUACUGCCCACCCUAUGGGAAUCGAACCCACAACCCUGGCGUUGCAAACGCCAUGCUCUACCAACUGAGCUACAUCCCUGCCGGCCAUUCCCUCCCCUACCCUGGGCCAAUUGUGCACCGCCCCAUGAGUCUCCCGGUCACGGCCGGCUACGACAGAGCCUGGAUUCGAACUCGGGAGUCUAAAGAGCGUUUUCAAGUGCAACUUUAGUAAUGAUGGUUUUGGGAAACAACUCUGGGAUUUAACGAUGCUCCUACAAAGGUUCUAACGAUGAACUUGGUUUUAAGAUGCUUUCGGGAAACCGGGCCCAGGGGUGGAUCAGUUGGCACUAAACAGGAGAUAGCUUUUUGAAACAGAGUACCACCCAAAUCUCCCCAACAGGAGUGUUUUCAUUUCCCAUUUCAUUUUUGUCUAGUUCGGAAAUGUUCUGUCUUCGAGCCUGACCCAGAUCCUUGUGUGUUGUGCACCUUAGAGCACCCAGUUGCAGGUGACCAUAGACAGACGGAAGGAGGACUGGGACAAGUUUCUGAAGGAGCAGCAGCGGCUGGAGGAGGAGGUGGACAAGGAACAUGCCAAGGCCGUCGGACGCCUCAGCAUCAUGUACAGCAACAUGAAGAAGGACCUGGCCAAAUUCUCCCACUUUUGAUCCUCGGUGUGUGUGUGUGUGUCUGUCUGUCUGCUUGAAAUUAAGUUG